AUGAAGCCAGCAGGCACCGUUCUGCUUUUGAUCAGCCUCGCUUGUUUGUUCCUCUAUGCAGAUGCUGUGAGUCAAGGGGGCUUUAAGGCUUUUUGCAGAAACUAUGAGAAGACACUGGCUAGUGAUGCAAAAUCGUGCCCAAAGUUCCACAAACCAGUGUGUGGCACUGAUGGAAAAACUUACCAAAACCGCUGUGAAUUCUGCCGAACAGCUAUGGAAAGAAGUUUUGGGAAACUUGGUUUCAAACAUGAAGGGAAAUGCUGA